GUUCCUCACGUGAUACCGGUUCUUGCAAAGAUGUAAACAUCGAUUCUAACUACGGCUGAGUAGCUAGCCACACUUAAAAUAAUUUGUCGACUGCUUUUAUCGUAUUGUUGUCAGUCAGAAUCAGGAAUAUCCAUGUUGACAACUGUUUGACUGUGACAUAACUAAGGAUGGCUGUAUGUCAAAGCGGCCAAUCCACCCUUGUCAACAGCCUGGCCUCUCUACUUCGGAAUGAGGGGGCCUCUGUUUUGGAUGGCAGCAGUACCCUCACACUGCAGGCAGACUCACUGCAGCACCUGGGUCGUCUCUUUGAACAGUACCUCCUCAACAGGACUCACCAGCAUGGCUUCCUGGCUUUGCCCUCGCAUCCUGCCGACACCCCUUCCCUACUACAGCUGCAGUUCCUGUUCGACGUGCUGCAGAAGACUGUCUCCCUCAAGCUCAUCAACCCACCCGGGGUGAGGCUUCAGUCAGUGGUCAAGAUCUUCCCUUUCAAGUCCCUCAAGUCCUUAGAGUUGAAGCGUAUCCCCCCUCACUGCUUGGAGGGACUGAGGGGUGUCUACUCACAGCUGGAAGUCUUCACUUGCUCCAAAAGCCUCAGCUCCCUGGAGGAGCUGCUGUCUCUGUGCGGAGGGGACCUUAGCUCCGCCUUGCCAUGGCUGGAUCUGCACACGCUCAAUUUCAGCUACAACCAUAUUGUCCGCCUGGAUGAGUCACUGAGUUUACUGAAUGUUUUGAAGUGCCUGGAUCUCAGUCACAAUAAGAUCCCGGAGUGUGCCGAGUUCCUCAAGCCUCUUAGUGAACUGCAACGCCUGAACCUGGGCUAUAACAACCUCCAGAGGGUGCCGAUGCUAAGCCCGAGCUGCCGAGCCAAGCUCCUCACCCUGGUCCUCAGAAACAACGAGCUGGAGAGCGUCGACGGAGUGGACCAGUUGUUUUCCUUACAGCACCUGGACUUGGCCUACAACCUGCUGUUGGAGCACUCCCAGCUGGCCCCUCUGUCUAUGCUGCACAACCUCAAAGUGCUGAACCUUGAGGGCAACCCUCUCUUCUUCCAGAAGACCCAUAGAACGUCCACAGUCCGCCACCUCUCCCCAAAGGCUGCCUACGUCGGACUCCGACUGGACGGCAGCCCUAUCUCCUCCUCAGAGCUGUCUGUGCUGCCUAAACCGGGACAGCUAAUUGGCCAGGUUCAGUCCCAGGCCUCGCCCCUGUUCACCAGGGCCUCAGAGAGGGGUAACCAGGAACUAGGGUCCAGUGGGGCCGGCGAGUUGAGUGACAGCCUUUCAGUCAGCGAGUUUGGCGUUACCAGACAACGCAAGAAGAAAGCCAAACAUAAGGUGAGAGUGAGACGGGCUAGCAUCUCAGAGCCCAGUGAUCACGACAACAGGUUUGAAGCUCGGCCACAGUCCUCCAUACAGGACAUCGUUCUCCCUCACAAGAAGGAGAUUGAACGCAUGGACAGUUUUAGGGAGCAAAUGGGCGACGAAUGGCUGCGCUUUCAACAUCAUCUAGAUGGAGCGGCCAUCGUCCAUGCCGCCUUUGACGCACACGAGAAGGCAGCCCCCCGACACCUCGUUAACGGACUCUUAGUCCCCCCCUCCCCAUCAAACCCCGGCACUAUCCAGACCAUCCCUUCCAAGCCGAGCCAAGACACUUCAGGGCUCCCAGAGGUUCUACCUGCACCAUUGCUCUCGUCUGAGCCCAGGGAGGUUUCCUCAGACGGGGAUUCAGAUUUGGAGACUGAGUCCACCCUUCAGUGGCUGGUCCACAGCACCAGGCAAACUGAGUCCACCCUAGAGAGUAGUAUGGCUGACGGACAUGGGCAGCAGACCGUUCAGGGGUCCGAGGGGUUCCUGACCACACCUCCGGACACCAGAGAAGAAGAGGAGGAGGACCUGGGAGUGGACCUGUGUCACCCCCUGCUCGUUGGGGUUCUGUCGUCAUCAGAAGAAGAGGACGAGGUUGGGCUCGGGAGGAAGAUGUUCCCCCAGUGUCCUAUGUUCCUGAGGGUCAAACCAGGCCAUGUUCUGGAGGUGGACAUGAGCAGGGGUCAGGUUCGGGCCCGGCUAGAGUUGGACUGUCUGGAGAGAGUCACCAUGACUCGGGCCACCUGGAUAGAGAAGGAGGUGGAGAGGGUUCUUCCUGCCGUGGAGCUUCACUUCCUUUACAUCAGCAGGGAUAAGAGGAGGAGACGCUAUGUGAUGCUGGAUGAUGACCCCCAGGAGGCGCUGCAGGCACUGACCGAGGUCCUGUCACGGGCCGUGGAAGAGAACCAGCGCCGGGUCGUGCAUUGUCUUCCUGGCUGUGUUCGCCUGCAGUGUCUGCGCUGUAAGUCAGAGUUCACCCGACGCGGAGGUGACGACGAGGAGAGAGGGCGAGCUUUGAGACGACUAGGACGGCAGGAUGGGGUUGAGGAGGAGGGCGAGGACGAGUUGGGAGAAGAUGGAGAGGAGUCUUCAGGCAGGACGGUCCUGUGCCUGCGCUGUGGAAGUGAUCUAGUGGUCCAGCUGGCUGGCCAAUCGGCUCCCUCCACGAGUACACCCGUCCACACACCCCUCCGCGGUUCCCCCUGCCCGGACGGCACUGACCGACACUUUAGCUCCGACCGCACGGCUACACCUCCACCCUGUGAGCUUGAAAACAAGGACCUGACCAUAGAAGCCCUUAGCGGACGGUCUUCUUCUACAGGUUCCAUUCACUACGGCAGCCCACAUCUGAAGGCCUCAGCGCAGGACGCUAUCCAAGCCACACCCAGCACCUCAGCGGAGGACCCCGCCCCCUUCCUCGUAGCCCAGGGAAGCUCCCUCUCCUCGGUGCAGGGGGACACCUGGGUGGACGAGAGCCAGGACCAAAGCCUGUCUCAGCCCGUCAGCCUCUCCAGUACCGAUUGCCAGAGUCGGGAGAGCAUAGCGGGGAGCUACAACUACACUGCUGGUUCUAUCACAACUGGACCCCGGAACCAGCUUCAGCAUGCAGAACAAGCCAGUCCAGGCCAGUUGGACCUUCUCUCAGAAGACUAUGAAGCGGUGGACCACCGGCUGAAGCUCUUCCUGGAUGUGGAGGUGUUCGAACAGGAAGAGGAGUUCCACUCCUUCCUUAAGAUGUCAACGGUAAAGUUUGGUGAUCUGGUGGAAUUCCAGUCUCUACUGGUGGUGUCAGACCAGCGAAUCUACUUCCUGGAAGUGACGUCAGACAUGCAAGGGCAACCAUGUGAUUGGCUGCGGAAGAGAGACAGCCACCCAAUCACAGAGCUGUGUUACCUAGAGGUGGGGCUGGGCUCCCAGAGCAUCCACAUGGAAUUUGAGGACGGGCCAGUGGCCUAUACCCUGCUCGUACGGGACAGCGCGCGCUGCAAACGCUUCUUCAGCCUCCUCACAGGGAGAAUGGAGCCGGGUGACUCGGCACGCCGGAGUUGGAGAGAACGAGCAUCCAACGUUGUUUGCGUUCCCUCUACGCGGGUGGCAAACCGACUCCGACCUUUCCUAUUUACGCUCACGUCUUCGAACACCCCCACCCAACCAGCACUCCACCCGAUAGUACAGUCAAGAAUCAAAGAUUUUUCUUUCGUAAUUUGUUCUCGGAGCAUAAUAGAUCAUGUUCGAAAGCCUCUUCCAGGGAUAUGAUUUAGAUUUGCUCGAGGUGGUCCUUCUUUUCCCGACCGUGAGGCCUGUUAUACGUCUCUGAGGUUUUGUCCUUUUGUCUCCAUUCAUCAGAUAUUGUUUUUCUCCCCUUCCGAGAACGCGGUCCAGCUUUCACUCUCUGGGACCACAUAGCUGGCUGAGCCUGUCUGGUUCUGGGCUCGGGCUGUUGUGUUGCGAAGAAGUAUGGCCUCCGCGGAGCGAGAAUGUAACAUGGCUCUGCCGAUCUCUGCCAGUUGGAUGUCUCCGAUACAUCUUAAAAUAUCCUCUGUUCUGCUUUAGUUCCUGAGGAAGACAGAUGAACCUGGGAGAGCAGAGCCCAGUUGUUGGCCCGGUUCUGAGGUAUUUGUUACAGGCAGAACAUGCUGGUUGGCGUAGAGAGACAGGGAGGCGGGGGGGAGACGGAAAGGGAGAGAAAGACGGGACAGAGUGAUGUAUAGAAAAAGAUGAAAGGAGAAGUAGAUGGAGAAAGCCUUCAGUUCUCAGCGUUCCUCGGUAUAAACGGUAAUUUUGGCACCAGAUCUCGUCUCCGGACCAGCUCUCCACUCCUAGUCCCAUUCCCCUUUGUUCCCUCCCUCACAGAAACCGGAGCAACUUAUUACGUGCCAAAAAACAAGUUCCAGAGCUUUGAUAUUGCCCCCUGUCAUAGCUUUUACAAUAUUUAUUUAAGUGAUCAAAGGAUACCUUUAACAUAACAAACAGGUUUCUAGAGAGUGCUGGCGUCGCUGAACAGACAAAAUCACGCCAGGCUUGGUCAGGGUUAAAGGCUACAGUCAUGGAAAAGGAAAAUAUCUGGUAUUGUAAAUAAUGUGGUUAAACCACCCAAAGGAAAAUAAUCUAAUACGGGCCUAUCUGUUCACCGCUUACUGGGUAGAAGAUAACUUUAUUGAACAAUGGAAGCAGGCUAGACAUGUCUAUACUUGUUGUAUAGUAAGUAGGAUUUCAAAAAAAUCGGGUAACAUUCCAGAUAUUUUCAGGUUUCCAAAAAUCCUGAUAUCAGGGGUCAAUAAACUGAAUCCUCCAUCUGUAAUUUCUGGAAUGCAUGUUUUGUUACCAGAGUUAUGCACCCUUAAGUAAAAGUAAUUUGAGGUAAUUGUGCUCGUACACUUCUUCAAAGAAAGUCUUAUCUUCUUGUGCCCUUUUUAUAAAAGCCCUUAUUGGCCAAAACGGAUCUACAGUGAGUACCGGGGAGAUAUGUGGUCUGUAUGGUAAGUAGUUAGGUGAAGUUUGCUAUGCACAUAAAUGGUCAUAGAACAAAUGUUUGGUUUUGUUGUCUGGGUUGGAUUCAGACACCGCAUUCCUGAAAGGUAACGGCAACCGAACUGUCUCCUCUCCUUACUUGAUCGUUCCACUGACUUAUGAAAAGUGCAACUUGGUCAAAUUGAUUUUGGAUCUGAACUUAUUAUACAUUGUCAAAGAUAAGGUUUAGAUUAAGUUUUCCUAAAUAGGUGGAAUAAGAACGUUACAUGCAGUUGAUUUAAUCUUCAGUUGAAGCAUUACAAGCCUCUCAUGUAAUGGGUUACAGUAUUCAUGCAGUAUUUUGUCAGCCUUGGUUUUCUACUAUAAAACACCAGAAAAGGUCCAAAAAGUAAAACCAGCUCACCAUGUUUUACGUUAUGACUGGACUACAGCAUGUUCAAAGUGUUUUGGGGAAAAUAUUUAAAGGAAUAGUUUUAACAUCUUGAAACGAGUUCAGUUCACUUGUUGAGGGACAGAUAUAAAUGAAUCACUUGAAAUAAAUGAUUAAUGUCAAAUUGAUCAUUAUCCGGAUAUUCUUUCAUAAAAACCCUAACAACUUGGUUUCAUUUGGCUCAAACAUCCUUUUUAGAUAGUAUACUUAUUUCCUUUCUUAUCAGGGAUGAAUGAGUAGGUGUCAUUAUUCUGGGCAUCUCAAGUUCAACCCUGUCAUGAAUACCUUCACAACAAAAACACUGUCACAUUCUGCAGUGUCAGAUCUGGAUUAUCCCCUGUUUUCCUUAGGAAAUCCACUCCAGUCUGGCGUAUUCCCGCUCUCCCUCUCCCGCGCUAUUCUUUCCCCAUGGUCCGCUCUUCCGACAGGGCCAGGAGUGUUCGAUUUCGCCCCAACAGGACGCUGAGGGUCCGACUAUCCCUUGUGAAAAUAAGCUGGGGCAUUUAGGAAGGUUUGGGAAAAGGGGCUAGACUACUGGAGCGACAUCAGGGAGAGUAACGUUAUUCAUCGGGACAGACACCAGACGCUGACCCAGAUCCUCUUACCGUUGGCUGGGCGAGCCGGCCUGUCCCCGGGCGAGGGCGUGCCCUGUACCUGUUU